AUGGGGAUUUUCUACUCAGUUCUCGAUCUUUUCUCCAUGGGGAUCCUCUACUCGGUUCUCGAGUUCUUCCAGUCAGUGGUGGCGAAGCUUUUCCGCUACGAGCGAGAAGAAGAUCAAGAUAUUGAGAUGGGUUUUGCGGAGCCGCAGAACGCUUCUUCUUCUGCUUCUUCUUCUCAUUCUUCUACUCCUCCUCCUCAUACUUCGCUUUCGCUUUCGCUUUCGCCUUCGCCUUCUCCUACCCCGUCUCUUUCUCCUUCUUCUACGCCUCUUUCGCCUUCGCCUUGGCCUUCCCCUUCUCCUUCUCCUUCUCCAUUUCCAUCUCCUUCUGCGUCACCCUCAUCUUCUCCUAUCGAUCUCCCUCUCUGGGCUAGGGAAAGCCUUCCCGUGGAUCCUGCUGAAACCUUGCAGCGCAUGGAGGCCAUGGACAGCUGUGCCCAACGUCACACCACCAUCCACGAGUCUUGGAUGUAUCGGCCUUUUGGCAGCGCAUACUUGCCAGACCAUUACGAACUCCUCGGCGCGCUGAGAGGUGUUGAUUUCCGAGAGAAAUCGAAUUCGUUUGCACACGAGUACGGGCGGCUCCAUGGGUCCAAUGAAACUGCCGGGUGCAUUUUCCGGAGGAUAAGUGUGCAGUACACGAGAGCGUUACAGCUGGUGGCCCAGCUUCUUGAGGAACUAGACAAGGUUGAGAAGGAGGCCGUGGAGAAGUUUUCCAAGGGUGACUCGUCCAAGGAUGGUUCCCCGUCUUCCGAAGAUGACUCUUCCAGGGAUGACUGGUGA